CCCAGCUGAUCGUUCCGCUGGCAUGUGUUUUUGGCCAGCAGCUGAAUAUGGAUGUUGUCGGAUGUAAGUUGACAAAAAGUAGCCUUGCAAGUGAUUUGAAUGAUCAAGUAUAUAGCCACAACAUGGGUAUAGUUCCUAUUACAAAACUGUAUUGACCACUAAUCUUGCUCGAGAUACAAGAAGAACGUUUUCGAGGAGAGAAUCGAGUUCAGUUUCCUCUUCCCCGGAGCUUCGAUUGAGAGUCGGAUCAUAGACAACUGCAGGAGCUACACGCCGCUCAUCGUCGGUGGUCAUCCGGCCCAGCCCAGGGAAUUUCCGCAUAUGGCCCGCUUGGGGCGCCGCCCAGAUCCGAGCAGCCGUACCGACUGGUUUUGUGGUGGUGUUCUGAUUAGCGAGCGGUCCGUCUUAACCGCAGCUCACUGCUUGGAAUCGGAAAGGGGAGAGGUGAAUGUUGUUCGAUUGGGCGAACUUGACUUCGAUUCGUUGGAUGAGGAUGCGGCGCCGAGAGAUUAUACGGUUGCAGGGUAUAUAGCCCAUCCGGGUUACGAAGAUCCGGAGUUCUACCACGAUAUAGGUCUUGUCAAACUGACAGAGGCUGUGGUCUUUGACCUAUAUAAGCAUCCAGCAUGUCUGCCGUUCCAGGAUGAACGCUUUUCCGACUCCUUCAUAGCCGUUGGCUGGGGAAGCACUGGCCUGGCGCUGAAGCCAUCCGCCCAGCUGCUGAAGGUGAAGUUGCAGCGCUACGGAGAUGGGGUGUGCAAAAAACUGCUUACCCGGCAGCUGGAGGAGUUCCCUCGAGGAUUCGAUGGAAACAACCAGCUCUGUGUGGGUUCCGAGAUGGCCCAGGACACCUGUAACGGCGACUCGGGAGGACCUUUGCUAAUGUACCACCGGGAAUAUCCCUGUAUGUACGUAGUUGUGGGAAUCACGUCGGCCGGAUUGUCCUGUGGGUCACCAGGAAUACCCGGAAUCUACACUCGCGUCUAUCCUUAUUUAGCCUGGAUAACCCGAACUUUGGCCACGUUUUAAAUUAUUACAUCUGGAUCUGUAAAAUUAUAUAAAUUAUUUACU